AUGGAACACCGCGUUGUGGAUCAGGAGAGCGGCGCCUAUUCCGAAAGCGUCUCCUCGACGCCGGCGUCUCGGCCCUUAGUCGACGAUGUCUCAGCCAACUCGACCGCGCCGUGGGCGAGUGCGCGCGACGAGUCGCUCGCGCACAUCGAAAUCGCCGUCCUGGCGCUCAUCUUUGCCUUCACUGUCGCCGGCAACGGCUGUGUUCUCGCCGCUCUGGCAUCGCGGCGCUCCAAGCUGACGCGGAUGUACUACUUCCUGCUCCACCUGUGCAUCUCGGACCUCACCACCGCCUUCUUCACGGUGCUUCCCCAGCUGGGCUGGGACGCCACCUACCGCUUCCGCGGCGGGGAUCUCGCCUGCAAGUCGGUCAAGUUCGUCCAGCUGCUGGGACCUUAUCUCUCCUCCUACGUGCUCGUGGUGACCGCCAUGGACAGGUACCAGGCCAUCUGUUUUCCCCUGUCCAGCUGCUCCUGGACCCCGACGAAGUCCAAGAUACUCGUGUCGUCCGCCUGGGCCGUGUCUCUGCUGUGCUGCGUGCCGCAGGUGUUCAUCUUCAGCUACCAGGAGGUGUCGGCCGGCGUGUACGACUGCUGGGGCACGUUCAUCGAGCCCUGGGGCCUGCGAGCCUACGUCACGUGGUACAGCGUCUCGGUCUUCUUCGUGCCCCUGCUGGUGCUGUGCUUCACGUACGUGUGCAUCUGCCACUCCAUCUGGCGCAACCUGCGCCAGAAGAGGGAGAGUUCGAGGGCCGCGGACGGUGCGGCGACCGCCACCGUAGUUGUGGACGGGUCUACGCGGGUGGUUCGCCGCGCCUUCCGCCUCAAAGGUGCCGCGGCGGCGGCCAACAGGGACAGCGCGGUGGCGCCCUUCAUGGCUCCCCGUAGCCACUCGGUGCGGGGACUGUCGCGCGCAAAGAUCAAGACGGUCAAGAUCACCGUCGUGGUCAUCGUGCUGUACAUUGCCUGCUCAUCGCCGUUCAUCUGCGUCCAAAUGUGGAUGUACUGGAGCCCGUACGCCAACAUCGCCGAUCCGUGGACAAGUAAGUAA